AUGGAUCCAGGGGUGGUGGCCAAGGGCACGGGGACCAAAGCGGUGUCUCCUCAAUCCCGCCAGAGAGGGAAAGGUCUUGAGGAAGAGUGGGUGGAUCUUACAGGUCAACAAGCGGUUGCACAGCUGGUGUCAAUAAGAAAGAUUUGUCUACAAGACUUUGGGAGCCUUUUUGACGAUCGAGAACUGCUUGGAAGAGAUGGGAUCCACAUGACCAAGUGGGGCAAAAAUGUCUUUCCCGACAUGCUGGCCAACCUGAUGCGUACAACCCGCAAAGUAUCGGUCUGGCCCGUGGGACUGGUGGGAGGACGGCGGUACGAGCGCCCAGUUGUGGAGAACGGCAAAGUCGUUGGCUGGUACACUGGCUGGAGAGCUGACAGGCCCUUUGCCAUUGACAUGGCAGGAUUUGCUGUGAGUCUUCAAGUGAUUCUGUCGCAUCCGAAAGCCGUAUUCAAGCGUCGUGGUUCUCAGCCAGGAAUGCAAGAAUCUGAUUUUCUGAAACAGAUAACAACGGUGGAGGAACUGGAGCCAAAGGCGAACAACUGCACAAAGGUUCUUGUAUGGCACACGCGAACAGAAAAAGUAAAUCUAGCUAACGAGCCAAAACACCGCCUGGACACAGUCACCAUUGAGGUAUGA